UUCCUCGCCGUGCCCGUCAGUUCAUGGGGGAGGAUAUACUAUGCUGCCACCCUGCAGUCGUACCCUUCCAUUCAAAUCAUCAGUAACUCUGAAAACAACGGCGUUAUCAUCGCGCCGCGUUUUCGGGGAGACCCGAGGCCCGUGCUCAACUACGGGAACGCAAACUACGGGAGCGCCGGCAAUCUCAGCAUCAUUUUGGACAAAUGGAGCGCGUUCGAUGUCUCCGAAUGCAGCGGGGAGAGUGCCGGGCAAGCGUCCAUGACUGGGACUCUCAUCGUCGGGCAGAAAGCCAUAGGCGUCAUCAGUGGCAACUGCCGUACGAUCACGCAAACGUCUGACUGUAAGAGUGGAGCUCAGCAAUUAGGGAAAACGAGUGAUAUCGUUGUCGAAAUGUUGCUACCGGUCGAAUCUUUUGGGACUGAAUUCAUAAUUGUGCACGUUGAAAGAAAGGAAAAGGGCCUGGUGAUGAUCGUUGCGGCGGAGCCCAAGACGCACGUGAACAUUAGUCAAAAUUAUACCGUAAAAACUGUGCAUUAUGAGAACGCUGGCGACUGGACCAUGGAUUUGGUCAUGGACGCCAACCGAAUGUUGGUGAGCAACAAAAGAAUACAAGUCCUCAUGGUCAUGAGGUCUGCUUGUUACGAGUCGAACGGUUUCGUGGAAGAGCAAGGCGACCCUGGGAUGAGCCUGGUCAUCCCCAACACCCUUUUUUACGUCAAAUACGCCUGGAGGGUUCCUAAAACUCGCUUCAACCAUUACGUCAUUAUCGUAGCUUUGAAAGACCACAUUGAAAACAUUGAGCUGAACACAAGACCCUUACCGAGUUCUUUCAAGAGGCACGAUGUCCUUGGGAGCUCGAAGUUUCAGGUGGUCACGAUUCUAAGCAUUGAAAAAAAACACAACGUCACUUCGAAAGAUGACCAACCGUUCGGCUGCUAUCUGAUGGGGAUGGCCCCUAAACGGCAGUACUUGCGCCCCGCGGGAUUCCGU